AUGCAUUUAUUGAAAAAAUGGAAAAAAUGGUAUGAACCCUCUGAAGAAAUUAAUGUUAGAUGGUAUAAUUCAUUAUAUAACAAAGUAGAAAUAGAAGAAUUGGAAGUGAUCAGACUUCUUCCUAAUAAAAAAGCACCUGAUCAAUCAGGUUUACAAUAUGAAUGGUUUAAACACUUACCUGAAAGUGAAAGUAAGGCAUUCAGACUAAAGGGUACGGCUAAACAUCAGG